AUGUCAGAGCAAUUUAUUUCACCACAGACACUUAAGUUGCUAGUGGACUCAAAGGCGGAGUCAAGACAAAAAGGAAUGCGAGAAGUGUUAAUGAAGGCAAUUGUUGUUUUUCGGGAAUUUCCACCAGAUGAGGCGUACGCUAUUAUUACACGUGAGAUGCACGAAGCAGAGAGUAUUCUUCUUCGAACGACUAUUGCGGCAUAUCGUAGAGGAGGUCUUGCAGUUGUCAGGGCCUUUGUGCAUUCUUUACCGGCAAAGACUCACCCAGAUGGUGUGAUUAAAUAUUUUACCACUAUCGUUUUUGAUUGUGUUGCUGACGUAGAUGCAACUGUGCGGCUAGCAGCUUUUGAAGCGGCUCACGUUCUCGUACGGCAAUUUAAGUAUCAACUCUUAGAUAUUUGUUUUGUUCAAGUAUUUAGUGGCAUUGCACGUGGUAUAAAUGAUAAUGAUAAAAAGGUUGCCAUACUCGCUGGAGAAGUUUCCUCAUUAAUUCGUGAAGUUGUAACGAAUAAUGAUUCUUUUAAAAUAAAUAUGGAUCUUUUUGUAACCUUUAUUACUGAAACUUUGGAACCGUAUAGUCAAGCAACUAAAGAUGAAUUAUUUUCGGAUUCACCCGUUUUGCAAUGGUGUUUGGAAUGGAUUAACUAUAUGUUAGAUCUUCCUGGAGAUGAACUUAUUCUUCUUCUUUGGCGAUUUCUUAAACCACUUUUGAUUUUGUCAGGAACACGUGGUGGUCCACUAUUAAUACAAGUUCUUAAAAAAUGUCUUCGUGAUAUGAAAGAUGCCUUUCAUCGAGAUGUUAAAAUGGAAUUACCUCUACUUCUUUCUAUAACGACAGAAUGUGUAGAAGAAAGUGAAUUCACGACAACAAAGCGGAUCUCACUACAAUGGAUUUUAGAGUUAUUUCUUAUUGGAUCCAAUGAAUUACUUCAUCUCAUUCAUACCGCACUUAAUGCAUGUAUGUUACAAUUAGGUUCAAAAGAUCUUGAGACACGUCUGGCAGCUCAAAACGUUAAUAAUAGACUCAUGCAACUUGUUGCGAUAACACCUAAAGAUGAUAAGGUAGUUUCAUACGAUGCGGUGUUAAGAGUUGUUAGAGAUCGUCUAAGUGGACGUGGUACUGAAGAAACUCGUGUGGCUUCUAUGGAAUGGAUUACACUUGUCUUUCAGGCAAAUCCUAAAGUAGUGGAGAAUGAAUUUACGGUUACGUUUGAUAUGGUUUUAAUUUUGCUGUGUGAUCAAUCUGCUCAUGUGUUGCAUAAAUGCAUUGAAACUCUUUGCUUAAUAUCAGGGGAAAAACAUUUUGACUAUUUUAUAGUACAACUUAUUGAACUCAUUCAUGCAAAAGCUGAUAUUUUACUUCCAAAAGUACCCACUAUUAUUAAACAACUUCAAUUACGAUAUCAAGAAGAAAAUUUAGAACAGUCGGAGAAGCUCUGUCUUAAACUUGCUGGAGUACUUUCACAGCAUGAAGACAAACGUUUUUUGGAAAAAAUGGUUAUUACCCUGAGUACAUUAGUUUUGACCUCCAGAGAAUUUUUACCUCUUCGGGAAAUAUUACAUUGUGGAAUCCAUGAUAAACGAGCUAAACAUAUAUUUUUGGGAAUGUACGAGUGUUGGCGGUAUAAUCCAGUAGCAGCUCUUUCACUCUGCCUUUUAGCACGGGUGUAUGAACAUGCUUUUCAGUUAAUUAAACUUAUAGGAGCUGCCGAGUUAUCUGCGGCGACACUGCUACAGAUAGAGAGACUUGUGCGUCUUUUAGAAACCCCAGUGUUUUCGUAUAUUCGUAUGGAAAUAAUGGAGCCAUCUAAAAGUUUACCGUUAGUUCAGACGCUCUUUGCUUUUCAACUCAUCUUACCACAGACCUCUCCGCAGUAUCAGUCGCUUUAUCGUCGACUGAAGACAGUCCCAAGCCUUGCGAUCCUUGAGCGUGAGGCACGAAUACAUGAUGUAGAGAAUGAUGAUAACCAGAUGAUGUGGAAUGAGUUGCUUGAACUUAGUAAAGAAGCUCAGCAGUGCAUCUCGGAGUUUGAGCGAAAAUUGGUUUUGCAGCGUUUGGGAGAUAACGGAUUUUCAUAG